AUGAUGGAUCUCAUACCUCGGAGAGUCUUUGCGCUCGCGGCUGAGGCGCGAUUGCGAUCCCAGGCUUUGCUGGCGACUGCGCAGAGCCAUGCAGAACUACCCUGGAUCAACGACGUGACCCAAACCGCCGACUCAGGGUAUCCUCAAGCCCUCGUCCUCGUCAUCUCUGCGCUCUGGACUGCUUCACGCCUCAUCCGUCGCCGCAACAAGCCCUCAUCGCCACCUCAAACCGCCACAACCACCACUGUCCGCGCCGCCAGCAUCAGAUGGCCCUGGGAACUCCUCGCCCAGCUCGUUCGUGCUUCCGCACUAGCCUUCCUCGCCCUCGCGGCCGCCCGCGGACAGACUCCCUGGCUCAACGCCCUCGUCGCCGCCUACGCCCUCGUCCUAGGCCUCUCACGGCUCGUCAACGAUCUCGAGUGGCGGCACGUCGCCCUGCACCAGGUCAACUUCGCCCUUGGUCUCGAGCUCCUCGUCUUCGCCGCCUCCUCCGCUCUGCCCUGCAUCGAAGUCUCGUCCGAGUGCGCCCUCGCGGCGGCGCCGGCGAAGGCCGGCCUCGCGAGCUUGGCGGCCGCCGUAGUCCUCUCCGUCAUCACGCCCAGGGAAUGGGUGCCCCCCUCGCUUGAAAACGACGUGCCCAUGCCCGAGGACUACGAGAAGCGCGGGCCCGCGCCCGAGGAGACGUGCAGCUGGGCAAACUACUACCUCACGUUCGAGUGGCUCACACCCGUCAUGUGGAAGGGCGCCCGCACCGGCGAGGUCGUCCUUGAGGACCUGCCCCAGCUGCCCUGGUACGACGAGCCGCUGCUGCUCCUCGCGCGGAUCAAGAAGGCGAGGGCCAGGGGUGUCACGACGACGUGGACGCUCUUUUACCUGCUGCGCAAGGAGGUCAACCUCAUGGCCUUUUACAUCUCCUCGGCCUACGCGUCGGAGCUCGUCGCCCCCUACGGCCUGUACCACCUCCUGGGCUACCUCGCGGACCCCCAGGGCGCCUCCGUCAAGCCUUGGCUCUGGCUGGUGCUCAUGUUCUGCGGCCCGCUGUCGCGCUCUGUUCUGUUCCAGCAGUACGUCUUCACGUCGACCCGUCUGGUCGUCCGUCUGCGGUCCGCCCUGACGCAGGAGCUGUACCACCGAGCCAUGGGGUCCAUGGAGCUCGAGGAGGACAUUUUCGCGCCCAAGCCCGAUGGCGCCGGGGACAAGAAUACCAAGGACAAGGAUAAGAAGAGGAACAAGAAGGAUGAGGAGGCCGGGCGAUCUACGACGUCGGCCGGUCGCCUGGCGAACCUCAUGGCGGCUGACGUGCAGGCCAUCUUUGGCGCGCGCGACGUCGUCAUGGCCGGGACUGGCGUGCCCGUGGGCACCAUUCUCUCAGUCAUCGGCCUUUACAGGAUGCUCGGCUGGCCCGCCCUCGUGGGCACGCUGAUCCUCCUCCUCGCCGCGCCCGUGUCCGUCACCAUCUCGCGGCUCAUGGGCCGGCUGACGCGGAAAGCUCGGCGCGCGCAGGACGCCCGCAUCUCGCUCGUCUCCGAAUACCUCGCCUCCAUCCGCGCCGUCAAGUACUUUGCGUGGGAGGACGCCGUCGUCGAGACCAUCGAGGACGCGCGCGCCAGCGAGCAGCGCGACCUCUGGCGCGUGUCGCUGUCGUUCGUCAUGCUCAACCAGAUCAGCGCCCUCGUGCCCUACAUCUCCAUGAUUACAAUGUUCUCCCUCUACGUCGGCGUCUGCGGGCAGCCCAUGACGGCCGCCACGGCCUUCACUACGACGUACCUCGUCAAGCAGAUCCGCCGCAACGUCGGCCAGGUCGCCUUCAUGUCGCGCCAGAUCACCGGCGCCGCCAUCGCCAUCAGCCGCCUCGACAGGUACUUUGCCACCACGACGCCGCUCGACGAGUACCCCGAGGGACCCCUCCGCAUCCGGGACGCCACCUUCCGCCGCAACAAGACGGCCUCGUUCCAGCUCAAGGACCUCUCCAUCGACUUCGCCCAGGGCGGGCUCAACGUCGUCUCGGGCGUCAGCGGCAGCGGCAAGACGACGCUCCUGCUCGCGAUCCUGGGCGAGACGGUCAAGGAGGGCGGUGUCAUUACGCGGCCCAAGGACGUCGCCUUCGCGUCGCAGACGUCGUGGCUGCAAAACGACACCAUCAAGGAGAACAUCCUCUUCAACAGCCCCCCCGAGCCGGUCCGCUACGACGCCGUCGUCAAUGCCUGCUGUCUCCCCGUCGAUCUGCGGGAGCUGGACGCCGGCGACCAGACCGUCGUCGGGGAGAACGGCGCGUCCCUCUCGGGCGGCCAGAAGGCGCGCGUCGCGCUGGCUAGGGCGCUGUACUCCAAGGCGCCCCUGCUGCUUCUCGACGACAUCUUUUCGGCGCUCGACGCCAAGACGGCGGCCUCGCUUUGGGAGCGGUGCUUCUGCUCCGAUUUGUUGAAAGGGCGUACCGUGGUCUUGGUGGCGCAGCAGCCUUGGGUUGCGGCUCAGGCUGACGUUGCCCUGACUCUCGAGGACGGUGCCGUCAAGCACGUUGAGCAGAAUAUUGGUGUCGUCAGGCACCCGGUCGCUGUCGCCAAGGAUAUUGAAGGCGAGAGCAGCACUGAGGUCUCCGACAACUCGGAUACCGAAGUCGAGACGCAGACGGAUCCGCUCAACGAUGCCAGAAAGGUCGCCGUCGAUAAGGGAACGAAGGAUGUGGUUGCUCAGGAGAUGAAGGCUAGCGGGAAGAGCGCUCGUUUAAUGUGUAAGUGCAACCCCCUGAAGACCUUCAAAGCUUCAAAGCUGACAACUAGAAACAAAGUCUUCAAGUACAUGACCUACUUUGGCGGCCCAGGGUACGCAGUAUUCUGCAUGUUCCUGAUGCUCCUCUCCCAGCUCUCCGUCAUGGGCGGCACCCUCUGGCUCUCGGUCUGGGUAGACGCCUACGACAGGCAGACGGCCGUCGACAUCGCCUUCUACCUGGGCGUCUACGCCGCCGUCACCGUCACCGAGUCGGUUCUCUACGCCGCCGUCUUCCUCGUCUUCGAGAACGGCGCCUGGCACGCCGCCCGCAAGCUGCACAACGACUUCAUCCGCGCCGUCAUGCGCGUCUCCCUGAGCUGGUACAAGCAGACGCCCGUCGGCCGCAUCAUCAACCGCUUCUCGAGCGACAUGUCCUCGCUCGACCUCAGCGUCAGCCCGCAGCUCCGCGCCUUCCUCGAGAGCUCGCUGGCGCUCGUCAUCCGCAUCUUCGCCAUCAGCUCCAUCAUGCCGAUUUUCAUCGUGCCCGCCGCCGUCGCGUCCACGUGCGGCCUCGUCGUCGGCGAGAUCUACACCCGCACGGCCGUCACUAUCAAGCGUCUCGUCGCGAGCUCGCAGUCGCCCAUCUUUUCGCAGUUUGCGGAUACGCUCGCGGGUCUGCCUAUUAUUCGUGCGCGGGCCGGGAUGCCGGAUACUUUUGGCGAUAACCUCGCGGACAAGCUCCGCGUCUGGUCUCGGGCGGCGGAGGCGCACUUCAACUGCAAUCGGUGGGUCGCGAUGCGCGUCGAUGUCAUCACGGCCUUGGUCGGCUUGAGCGCGGGCAUCAUUGCCGUGUCCAAGGCCGGCCUUGUGGGCGCCGGUCUUGUGGGUUUCUCGCUGCACAAUGCCACCGGUUUGAGUCAGACGAUCCUGGGUCUCGUCCGUAGCAUGAACGACCUCGAGGUAGAGCUGCAAAGUUUCGUACGUAUCAAGGAAUACGCCGGCCUCGACACCGAAGAAAAGGACGACGAAUCCUACCCGGAAGAAGGCCAAGUCGAAUACACCGACACCCCAACCCACGUCAUCCCCAAAACCUGGCCAACAACAGGCGAAAUCGAGUUCCGCAACGUCACCAUCCGCUACGAUCAAGACGGUCCCAACAUCCUCACAGACGUCAACCUCAAAUUCCGCGCCGGCGAGCGCGUCGCCAUCGUCGGCCGCACGGGCAGCGGCAAAUCCACCCUCGUCCUCUCGCUCCUGCGCUUCACGCACAUCGUGUCGGGCCAGAUCCUCUACGACGGCGUCGACAUCACCAAGAUCCCGCGCCGCCGGCUCCGCGAGGCGUUGACGAUCAUCCCGCAGGAGGCCGUGCUCUUCAACGGCACGCUGAGGACGAACCUCGACCCGACGGGCAAGAUCGCCGAGCCCGUGCUCGAGAGGGCGCUCGAGUCGUGUCAAGGGAUCGCUUCGUUCCAGUACCAGCCUUCUUCGGACGUGGAUACCGACGCGGACGACGACGCGGCGGCGGUGGUCGCGCGUGACGGUGACUCUUCCAAGUUGGCGCUGUCGACGGUUGUGAACGCCAAGGGUGAGAACUUCUCCCAUGGGCAGCGCCAGGUUCUCUCGCUGUGUCGUGCGCUGGUGCGGGGCAGCAGGUUGAUGUUGCUGGAUGAGGCGACGGCAAGCAUGGACUAUGAGACGGAUAGGGGCAUUCAGGCUGUGCUGCGGAGGGAGGUUAACGGAGAUGGUGGCGGUGACGACCGUACGUUGGUCACGAUUGCCCACCGCCUGCGGACGAUUGCGGAUUAUGAUACGGUCGUCGUCAUGGGGGCUGGACGGGUCGUUGAGGCGGGUCGACCGGUUGAGUUGUAUAAAGCGAGAGGCGUGUUUUAUGACAUGGUUCAUCAUAGUGGUGAGAGGAAGGAUUUGGAGGAGCUUUUUGAGGGUGGAAAAUAA